CGACCUGCAGAGCUGUCAGCAUGGACUGAUCACACAUCUUUGUCUGCUGUCACCUAAAACACCUGCCUGAUGGAUCCUGAGAUUCAGUGAGAGAUCCAACUAUCACCAUCAAGAAUAAUGCCACGUCAUCGAAGGGGAAGGAGCCUCUCCGAGGCCUUGACCCUGGAGCAGUCUGAGGAAGGUGGCCUGGUCAUUUCCAGUAUCAGCAAUGCCUCACGUGACCAGGGUCUGAAGGAAGGGUAUGAAAUUUUGGGGGCAACAAUCAACUUUGAACAACUAUCAAAAGAGGAGGUAUUAUCAAGUCCUGACUCAGAGCAGCCUGAGCAAGAGCCUCGGCAAUUUGGACGAGAGCGGCAGGAGUCCUGAAGAAAUGCUGAAGGAGUCCUACAGCAAACUCUACAAUACCAAAAUAAAGAGGUUUAUGAAGGAUGACCCGUCUGGAGCUGAUGAGGAAUGUGUGGACGGGAAGGUUACAACAGAACCCACUUCAUCCACGGUCAGCCUAAAGCAUGAUGCAAAGUUGCCUCGACUUGGAGUUGAUUUUGGACUUUUGAAAUCCAGAAAUCUGAGCACAGAUGGUGAUUGUGAUUCACAGUCUGAUGCCAGAGAGUUAACAGACAGCAACCUGAACCUUCCUCCUCUGGGUCUCAGUUCGAAUGGGUUUACUCUACCUGGGGCUGAGGCGCCAAGAUGAAAACUUGGUGAGAGAAGUAUGGAGCUAAAAGUUUCAGACUUCAAUCAGUCUGGAACAUUCCCAGAUAAUCCAAAUGGAAACGCUGCUUCUGGUAUGAACCUGCCAAAUACUGACUGUACUCCAGAAAUGGGUUUGGACUUAAAAGGCUCUGAUGUUAACACCCCUGAAAUGGAGAUGGACCUGAACAGGGAAAAUAUCACUGGUCCAUCUUUUAAUCCUGGUGUUCCAAAAGUGGACAUUAAAGUAAUAACUCCAGACUUCAACAUGCCGAAAUUCAAAGUGCCACGUCUGUCUCUGUCUGGACCUCCUAUUGGUAUCCCAGAAUAUGAGGUGAGGGCACCUGAAAUAGAAACCCCAAAAAUCACCUCAGGUAAACAAUCUAGGAGGCAGAAAAAGCCAGAUUUAAAUGUUGACGAUCUCUCCAGUUUUGUAGGAACGUCCACGUUUAAGCUGUCUGGAAAACUGCCUGAAAAACCAGGCUUUGAUCUAAACGGGGCCUACACUGAUAUGACUUUGGGCAAUGUCAAAGUGUCUCUUAAGAAACCAAAGACUGAUCUUAAAUCUCCAGCUUUAUAUGUGGAUGAUCCACCUGGUUCACUUACAUGUAUAAAUGAUGUUGAAACACAUGAGCUAAGUCUGAAAACACCAAAGAUAAAAAGUGGCACCUCAUCUGAUCUGAAUCUAGCCAAACCCGACCUAAAAGGAAGACAUUUUAAAAUUAACACUCCAUCAGCUAAUGCUAAGGGGCAGUCUGGAAAAUACAAGGCUCCAAAGUUUACAAUGCCUAAAUUUGAUUUGCCAGAUAUUCAAGUUCCAGAUUUGAAUGGUGACUUGGAGCAACCACAUGCUGACUUACCAGGAGUUAAAUGCCCUGAAAAUGAAUUAAAAACUCCUGACAUGGAUGUAGCAGCUCCAAAAUUCAAAGGAGGCAAUAACUUCCCCAGAUCCCCAGAUCUGAUUGGAAAUGCAUCAGGAAAAGUGGAUUUGCCUGGUUUCAGAGUCCCAGAUUUGGGACUAUCUAGUCCAAAGCUGAAUGGGUUUGACAGUGAUCUUAAAACCCCAGACUUUGAUCUUUCAAAACCUGAAUUUAAAGGAGCCAUUGGUUCAGCUGAUUUUGAUAUGCCUGACAUAAGUCUUCAAAAGUCCAAACUAGAUCUCUCUGGAGCCAAUACUAGUUUUGAUAUGCCCUCAAGUAAAUUCAGAAUGUCUAAAUUUAAUCUUCCAAAGGCAUUUCCAAAAGGACUAGAUUUGGACACAAACACAGAUCUAACAUCACCAGAUCUAAGUCUCAACAUGCCAAAAAUUAAGGGUGGGAUUGAUGCUCGAAAUUUUGCGUCAUCAGACAUUGAUCUCAAGGCUCCAGAUCUGGAAAUGAACACUCCAAAUCUCAACAUUGGCUCAGCCACAUCGAAAUUACAGAUGCCAAAAUUUAGCCUCCCAAAUAUUAAGGGACCUGAAAUUGAUGGCAGCCUAGAUGGCCCAGAUAUAGAUGUAAAUGCACCUGAUGUCAACUUCAAGGGUCCUAAGACUGAUGUAGAUCUUUCUGGUCCAUCUGGGAAAUUUAAAAAGCCAAACUUGAACCUGCCUGACAUGAAGUUUUCUGGCCCAAAGUUAGACGGCCCAAACCUGGACCUAGGAACACCUGACCUAGAUUUAUCUGGUCCCAAUCACAGUGGUGGGAUAAGCGCACCAAGCAUAAAUAUGCCCAAGUUUGACCUUAAAACUCCCAAACUGGACCUCAAUGCCCCAGAUGUUGGCUUAGACAUGCCAUCAGGCAAAGUGAAAAUGCCAGAACUUCAUGCUCCAGACUGGGAUCUUAAAGCUCCCUCAGGUAAAUUAAAGAUGCCUAAAAGGUGGAGGCUGAAGGUGGUUGUAGUUUCUUGAUACCAGAGGUUGCCAGUACAGAAGUAGAAGUAGAUUUUUCUUCCUGGAGGUGGAUGCUUUGCAGGUGGGUGUCAGAGACUGCAGGUGGAGCUGUGUCAUUUUAGUUUGAAAGACAUUUAAAAUUCUGAGUGUCAAAGCAGAAGGUGGAGGACUCCAUCA